AUGGCGCGUCCGGUGCAGCUGGCACCGUGCUCGCUGGCGCUGGUGCUGAGCCCGCGAGAGGCCGGGCAGGCGGCGAGGGAACCCGGCGGCCGCGCGCUGUUCCGCUCCUUCCGCCGCGCCAACGCGCGCUGUUUCUGGAACGCACGCCUGGCGCGCGCCGCCUCGCGGCUGGCCUUUCUGGGCUGGCUGCAGCGCCGGGUGCUGCUGGUGCGAGCGCCCCAGCCCUGCGUGCAGGUGCUGCGGGAUGCCUGGCGGCGCCGAGCCCUGCGGCCGCCCCGAGGCUUCCGCAUCACCGCGGUGGGUGACGUCCUCCCGGUGCAAAUGAGUCCCAUAGCCCAGUGUUGCUUUGUGCCCUUGGCUGAAGUUCUUUGCUGUGCUAUAGCUGAUAUGAACACAGCUCAAGCGACUGUCACGCAGGAAUCACUCUCAGAGCACUUGAUGAAGCAUUACCCAGGUGUUGCUGUUCCACCCUCAGAUGUUCUCUACAGCGCACUGGGGGCUCUAAUUCAACAGAGGAAGAUUUACCACACUGGGGAAGGCUACUUCAUAGUUACACCGAGCACUUAUUUCAGUACAAAUACACCCAUGCAGGGAAAUAGAGCGCCUCUGUCAGACGAAGGGUGCUCGGGGCCCACUUCUGUCACCUAUCUGGUGAGCAUGGGCUGCUGUGCAGAGCUGGCCCAGGAGAGCGAGGCCCAUGUUUCUCACUGUCCAUCCUGUCAGUGUUUCCUUGAUACAAAUGUACAGGACUCUAAGGACCCACUGACUGCCGCAGAAGUGACUGGAAAACAGCAGGAAGGUCUUGAGGACCCCACAACUUCGACAAAGAACCAGGUAGUUUCAGCAUCUGAAGACACCCACAUCUGUGCGAGCCCCAAACCGUUACCAUACACCAAAGACAAAGGCAAAAGAUUUGGUUUUGGGUUCUUGUGGCGCGGUUUAUCUAGAAAACAAAAGCCUAAAGCAGAGUAUCGCAGUUUCUCUGCGCAGUUCCCACCCGAGGAGUGGCCUGUCCGAGAUGAAGACAGCGUCGGCAACAUCCCCCGAGAUGUGGAACAUGCAAUAAUCAAAAGAAUUAACCCUGUGCUGACUGUUGACAACUUAACCAAACACACCAUCCUAAUGCAAAAAUAUGAAGAACAGAAAAAAUAUAAUAGCCAGGGCACGUCCACUGAUGUCCUGACAAUCAGGCAUAAGCAUUCUUCGAAAGAGAGAAUUUGGAAAAGGGGGGGCCCGUCUGCCAAGCCCCAUAGGCGGGGCUGCUCUCAUAGGGACAGGCAUAGAGCAUCGAGCCAGGGAAGUGAGCUUCAGCCAGAAAGCACUGGACUGGAAAAGCACCCCAAGGUCCCUGCAGCCCAGCCUGCUCCCAGAAUGAUGAACAGUUCCAGUGAAGGAGUUCAUUGGUUGCACAGUGGGAGUCCAGCUGUGCUAGGCCCCCACGCCAUUUAUAAAAAGCACAUCAGUAAUCCUUUCCAGGGCAUGUAUCUCCGAGGACAUGCAGGAUCCAAAAGGCACAAUGUUCAGAAAACCCGUGGUCUGAAACCUAGUCCCAUCGGGCCAGAGGAAAGGCCUUUCCAGAGGGCGGGCUCUUCAGAACCUUCGGGAGCCUUUGAUGGUGAAACGCAACCGCCAUAUUCAGAGCAAUGCCAUGAUACACUGGAAGCUGAAACCAGGCGUGUGACAGAGGCUCCUGUACAUCCUGUCAGUGACGACUUCAGAGGGGGCCCAGUAGAUUAUCCUCCAUGUAGUGUCUGGCCAAGGCACCCUUGGUGCUGUUCCUUCAGGGAAAGCAUGUUGAGAGGCGGGGUAUAUGAUGAAGGAAGCAAGGUCAACCCUGACAUCUUAAGGAAAAGCUAUUCUGACUGGGACAUGUUCUUGGGGACCAAAGAAAUGCAGCAGGUCCUGCCCACACAAAGUCCCUCCACAUUAGACCCAGAAUCCUCUGCAAAUACAGCAGUGGCUGAGACACUGCACCAGUUCCAAAACCUUGACCUCUUAGAUGGCCCGGUUGGUGCAAACCAUUUGAGGACACAUGAAAGACAAGAUGGUGACUCAGAAGAGCUAACCACAACGGCAUUUGUCCCAGAGGCAGAGACUGUGAAUAUGGAAAAAGAAGGGCUUUCUGACAAUGAUGAGGUGGCCUCGAAUCAAAGUGACAGCGGGGCGGAUGACGGGGCCUGCAGUUCGUUGUAUCUAGAGGACGAUGACGUCUCUGAGACUGAUGACUUCUGUUGCACACUGCCUGAACGCGCUCAGUACUCCUUUGCAGGUGGAGUCAAGUGGAAUCAUUUGGGAAGACCAAGGGUGACAGGGAGAGCCCUGACAGAGUGUGACAGCAAAACCCAUAGGUGUGAGCCCCUGGCGCUUGAAAGGAAUCCCUGGUACAAGGCCACUGGGUGGUUUCCAAAUGCAAAGGAAGGCCCAAAGCCUGAUCUCACUGACAGCCCUGGCCUGAAUUCAGGGACUCCGUUUGGUUUUAACUAUGAAGGAGAAGCCACCACUGCCCACAUCCAGGCCUCAGCUGCUGCUGCUGCUGCUGCUGCUGCUGCUGCUGGGAGCUUACUUGAGAGAUCUGCUGCCAGGAAAACCAGUUUUGGGGCUGAGAUCCCGCAAGAUUCUCCUGGUGACAUGGGGAACCACCCAAUUGGCUGGGGACAGCUCCCUCCAAAUAAGGAAGUCAAAGAUCAUCUCACAGACAAGUUACAGCUUUUCAACACCUCGCAUGUGCCAGUGUUGGCUCAGGAGCCACAGCGAGAGCACAGUCACCUGGAAGGGACAGAGAAUUACAGCAUGGCAGGAGACAGCGGGAUCGAUUCCCCGAGGACGCAGAGCCUGGUGUCUAAUAAUUCAGCCAUUUUGGAUGGAUUUAAAAGAAGCCGGACUUUUCUGCAGAACCGUGACGGCGUGAAGAGGAGCCAAACACUCCUGUCUAAUCCCUUGCUCCAACUAACUCCAGUUAUAAAUGUCUAAUUAAAAAAAAC